CUAUAGUGGCAAAGAGUUGCCAAUUCUCAUUUCCGCUGGGAUCCGUUUAGGCCGUAGAAUCAGGGAGGCAAUUCCGCAAACACCUUACUCGCUAUUCGUUUCUGAAUCUUGCCGCCGGUCGAUGGACUCAUCUCUGUGGAUCCGGCAAUUACUGGACUCCGAUCAACGGUUAUUCCGCCAUUGCAUCAACCUUCUCCUCCUCAGCUCUCUCCCGAUCUACAUCUCCUGCCGCUUCAUCACCGCCCCUUUCGGAAAACACGUCCGCCCCGGGUGGGGCCCGACCCUCCCGGCACCUUUGGCCUGGUUUCUCAUGGAGAGCCCCACGCUCUGGCUCACCCUCCUCCUCUUCCCUCUCGGCAAGAACCACUCAGACCCGAUCGCCCGAAUCCUCAUUUCUCCCUACCUGAUCCACUACGCCAAUCGCACUUUACUCUACCCGAUCCGGAUCCAUCUCGCCUCCGCCCGCCUGAAACGGCCCGCCGCUAGGUUUCCGGCGAGCGUUGCAGCGAUGGCGUUCGCUUUCAACGUCGUGAACGCUUACCUGCAGACCAGAUGGAUCUCCCACUACGCCGAUCACGCCGGCGGCGCGCUGUUCUGGUGCCGAUUCGGCGCCGGAUCGGCCGUUUUCAUAGCCGGAAUGGCGGCGAAUUGCUGGGCGGACAGAGUGCUGCUUCGCCUGAAAAGCGAGGGCGGCGGGUAUAAGAUUCCGAGAGGAGGGCUCUUCGAGUGUGUGAGCUGCCCGAAUUACAUGGGCGAGAUUUUGGAGUGGUUUGGAUGGGGGGUUGUGAUGAAUUGGUCUUCUGCGGCGGGCUUCGCCUUCUUCUUGUCCACCAUUGCCAACCUAGCUCCCAGAGCUUAUUCCCAUCACAAAUGGUACUUGGAGAAAUUCGGGGAAGAUUACCCCAGAAAAAGGAAAGCUGUGAUUCCAUUUCUGUACUGAAAGUAAGUUCUCAAAAACCCAGUUUCAUUCUCUACUCUGCAAAAUGCACAUUUUCCUGAUGUUAUUGAUCCUCCUUCCGGUCUCUUCAUCUUCAAUUACUCCCUCCGUCCACAUGUAUUUGUUAAUAUUUGAUUUUUGGAACUGUUCAUCUAAGCACUUUGAUUCAUCAAAUUCUCUCAAUGUGAAAAAAUCGGUAACUGAUAGCGUUUUUUCCUGUGAAAACUCGCGCUUAGGGUCGCGCGCUUUUGGAAGAGAUGUGCGACCGCAUCCCAACAACUCCCGCUUCUCAUCCCCUCCGCAUCUAUAAAAUCAUGUUCUUCCAUGGUCGCCAAAAAGCGGAUAGAUUACAAGAUCCAUAGCUAGCAUCUUGCGAAGUGUAGAAAGAUGUAGAUGCCCCUGCACGUGAAAAAGUAGAAGAGAAGCCUGUCGUACCAAAUGCAUGCCCAUGUUUCUUGCCACCAACAACUUCAGACCAUGUCUGUAACUUUGUCAACUUAUCGACUUCAAUAGAUUGGGUUUCAUAUGUCGAGCUUUGAGAUGAAAUCUCUUUGAUCUUCUCUUGAUUUCUUAACAUACUCGUCUGUCGACCAAUAAGCAACAAGUCCUUUU